GCUCCUACCAAAACGGUCACUGGUCACACAAGAAAGCUGCACACAUAAUAAGGAUUAUUAACUAAUAAUUAACAAUAAUUAAUUCUGAGUGGGUGUGACCGAGUUUGUGGAAAAAUAUCUAAUCUUAAUCUUCGAGGUAGCCAUGGUUGCCAUAGGGCCUCUCCUUCUCCAAAUGGUAUUGUACUUUAACUCUCUCUACUUGGUUCUCCUCUACCUUUUUGAAGUGGGUCUUAUCUGCUACAAAGGUUUAUUUUUUCCUUACCCGACAAGAAAUUUCGUCCCUGAGCUUCUCUUGCUGGUUUUGAUUGCAGCACUCGAUGGAGCUAGAAUUUUUAUGUGCAUGAAAGGAAAUUUAACUCAAACAAUCCUCCCCAUCAUAGUCUCACUGGUCAUUCUCUUCCCUCUCUUCUUUGGAUAUCUAUUUUUCAUAUUGUUCCAAACUUACGUACUGAGAAUAGAAUUGGUAACGAUAUCAAUUGGCUAUGCUGGCAUGGGAACACACCUAGUGCUAGGAAUAAUCGUCCUCUGGCUACUGAUAAGGGGAAAGAAACUUCAGUAAAGAGGUAAAGGAAGAGUACAAGAAUUUCAUUUUUACAAUGGAGGCACCUGGGCAUCACUUGUAUGUAUAUACAGUACUAACUCUACUAGUUCUCAUUAUUAUUAGUGAUAUGUCGUGGUGGUGGUUUGAUAUUUUAUUUUUAAGAAAAAGAUAAAGCCAAACUCUUUUGCACUAG